CCUUCCUCGACCUGGCCGGACAACAGACAUCCUGGUUUGCAUGCAGGAUUGGGCCGUCUGGUUAAGGUUUCCAGUGCCAGGCCUGCUUACAGCAUCCCCUCAGGCUUAUCCAGAUUAUUUCCUGUCGUAUCCCGUCCCAUCUCCACCUUGGUCUGUCGGAUAAGGAGCGCGAGGGGGAGACAACCAGAGACACCCAGAGCGACAACCAACGCGUAAACAGGACAGAUAAAAGGCCUAACGGUUGUCUUUAAUUCCUUCCUCUACCCCAGUGGCCAGAUAAACCGGCGGGAACGGCGGCACAGCAUCAUUAUUGUCUAGCAAGCAGAGCUUUCGCUUCCCCGCGGUCCAGCCCCUCCUACAUGCGGCUUUCCUGGCAAUAAUCGCCGUGUUGCAUCCUCUCAUGAUGACGAUGGCUCAAGAUGCCUCGCACCAGACACCGACGGCGGACAGAGACAGCUCACUCCAGUCCGAUUGUAAUGCCAUCCGCGACGCCCGGCCUGCUGGUCACGAGGCGCAUUUCGUGCAGCCGUCGUCGUACCUGCGUCCGACACGUCUUUCGCAUCCAAUGACUCCAGCUCGACCGGAGAGGGCCAUCGACCGGGAUGAGCAGCAGGGAUUGUGUGCGAUCCGCAACUUUCUCAAAGUGCGCAACAGCUAUGAUGUUCUCCCUCUUAGUUUCCGCCUCAUCAUCUUCGAUACAUCCUUAUCUGUGAAGGAAAGCUUGAAUAUUCUCAUCCAAAAUGGUAUUGUCUCUGCUCCACUAUGGGACUCCAAAUCAUCGACCUUUGCUGGUCUUCUGACCACCUCCGAUUACAUCAACGUCAUCCAGUACUAUUUCCAGAACCCUGCGGCUCUAGAUAAGAUCGAUCAGUUCCGACUUGAUAAUCUACGAGAGGUGGAAAAGGCAUUAGGCGUGGCGCCCCCCGAAACAAUCUCCAUCGACCCAGAACGUCCCCUUUACGAGGCUUGUCGGUACAUGCUCGAAUCUCGGGCUCGCAGGAUACCGCUGGUUUCAAAUGAUAGUCAAACAGACAGAUCUCUCGUCGUGAGUGUGGUUACUCAGUACCGUAUCCUCAAGUUUGUUGCCGUCAAUGUCAGUGAGACACAAAAGCUGCGAAAGCCUUUGAGAGAAAUUCAACUGGGAACCUACGACGAUAUCGCCACUGCAUCGAUGGAUACUCCAGUCAUUGACGUUAUCCAUAUUCUGGUGAACCGGAGCAUAUCUAGCAUACCUAUUUUGAACUCGGAAGGAGUUGUUUAUAAUGUCUUUGAGGCGGUUGAUGUCAUUACAUUAAUCAAAGGAGGUGUGUACGAUGAUCUGAGUCUGACAGUUGGCGAAGCAUUGAAGAAACGUUCUCCUGAUUUCCCUGGUAUCUAUACCUGUUCUCUCGAUGAUGGCCUCGAUACCAUUUUCGACACUAUCCGCAAGUCGCGAGUACACCGUUUGGUGGUUGUCGACGAAAACUUCCGGCUUCGGGGAGUUCUCACUCUGAGUGACGUCCUGCGCUAUAUUCUUCUAGAAGGCGAAAAUGACGAAACCUUAUGAUUCUAAACUAGACCCGCUUGCGUCCUUAUAUACACGUACAUGCAUGGAGGAACGGCGUUCACUUUCAGUUUUCAGUUCGGGUCAGUUUCGAGGCCUCCGGCUUGGAGCUGUUGGAAACCUCAACACUUUUGUUC